ACAAAACAGAAACCAUCUUCGCUUUUUCAUCGUCAGAAUCACGCACGUGGCUGAAUUGUCUCCGAAGAGAAUAAAGUCAUCAAACGCUUCAGUCGCUAUUUCAUGAUCCACGAAAAAGUUGUUUGUUUUUUUUUUUCCGCGAUUGCAACCUAAGAUGAACGGCUACGUAAUUUGACUCUACGACUACAGAAAAACAAAAAAAAAAGUUGAAAUCUUUGAGCCGCGAUAUAAACAUUACAUUACUGCAAACCUAAAAAUGACCGCUACUGCAUUAAAGAGUUUCAACUACUCUUUGUCUUUAAUUACCACCCAUCAUCGACUCAACCACAACUACUACUCCUACGCAAUUCUCUCCUGUCGUCGUCUUCCUCGAUUCCAGCCUGCUUCUACUUCUUCGUUUCUCAAUUCUGGGUUUCGAUUCUUUCAUUCUAAUCGUCAUCUCUUCUCUUCACAGUCUGGUUCACUCAUGGAAGUGUUUAAAGCAGCUUGUUCAGAAGGCUCUUCUAGUUCCUGUGAUAGGAUUGCGAUUAAAGCCGAUGGAAAGAGUUACUCUUAUGGCCAGCUCAUAUCGUCUGCCUUGAGCAUAUCUAAAUUAUUCUCCAAAGAUAAUUCUUUAAAUGGAGGUGAAACUAAGAAGUAUGAAGGUUUUGGUAGUCUUAAAGGAGCUAGAAUUGGAAUUGUGGCAAAACCUUCUGCUGAGUUUGUUGCUGGAGUCCUGGGAACAUGGUUUAGCGGUGGUGUUGCGGUUCCACUUGCUCUUAGCUAUCCAGAAGCUGAACUCUUACAUGUUAUGAAUGAUUCGGAUAUAUCUCUGUUAUUGAGUACAGAGGACCACAGUGAAACUAUGAAAACUAUUGCAGCAAAGAGUGGCGCUCAAUAUCAUCUAAUUCCUCUUGUUGUUGACUCAUCUUCGGAAACUGUUGCUAGCAAUCAGCUUCAGGACAAUAGUUUUGAAACAGAAGGAAAAUUUCUAGAUGAACCAGCAUUGAUUGUCUACACUAGUGGUACAACUGGUAAGCCAAAAGGAGUUGUCCAUACCCACAACAGCAUCAAUUCCCAGGUUAAAAUGUUAACUGAAGCUUGGGAGUACACAUCUGCUGAUCAUAUUCUGCACUGCCUCCCACUACAUCAUGUUCAUGGGCUUUUUAACGCUUUAUUUGCUCCUCUUUACGCGCGAUCUUCGGUUGAGUUUUUGCCCAAAUUUAGUGUUAGCGGAAUCUGGCGUAGAUGGCGUGAAUCAUAUCCCGUUAAUGAUGAAAAAACUGACGACGCCAUAACUGUAUUCACUGGAGUCCCAACCAUGUAUACUCGGUUGAUACAAGGUUAUGAAGCAAUGGAUAAAGAAAUGCAGGACUCUAGUGCUUCUGCUGCACGGAAGCUUCGCCUAAUGAUGUCUGGCUCCUCUGCUCUCCCUCGACCGGUCAUGCAUCAAUGGGAAAGUAUCACAGGUCAUCGUCUUUUGGAAAGAUAUGGCAUGACUGAGUUUGUAAUGGCAAUAUCAAACCCUUUACGUGGCGAACGGAAGGCAGGUACUGUCGGCAAACCGCUUCCUGGUGUAGAGGCUAAAAUUAAACAAGAUGAAAAUGAUUUAAAUGGAGUGGGUGAGAUUUGUGUGAAAAGCCCAUCUUUGUUCAAGGAGUACUGGAAUCUUCCAGAAGUGACCAAAGAAUCAUUUACGGAAGAUGGAUACUUCAAGACGGGAGAUGCCGGUAGAGUGGAUGAGGAUGGAUAUUACGUGAUUCUAGGACGCAAUAGCGCUGACAUUAUGAAGGUUGGAGGAUACAAGUUAUCCGCCUUAGAAAUCGAAUCAACCCUUCUUGAGCACCCUACGGUUGCAGAAUGUUGCGUGUUGGGGUUAACAGACAAAGAUUAUGGGGAAGCCGUUACUGCGAUAAUUGUAGCAGAGACAGAAGCAAAGAAGAGAAGAGAAGACGAGUCAAAACCUGUAAUGACCUUAGAAGAACUGAGCGGUUGGGCUAAAGACAAGCUUGCUCCUUACAAGCUACCAACGAGGUUGCUAAUAUGGGAGAGCUUGCCCCGUAACGCCAUGGGAAAGGUGAACAAGAAAGAGCUAAAGAAAUCUCUGGAUAAUCAAGAAUAAAUUCUCAGACAACCAUAGACCUCUCUGUUACUCAUUGUUCUUUUGAUUCUGUUACACACGCAUAAAUCAUAAAUGUAUUUAUUUCCCUUUUUAUUAUAUCUGUAUUAUGUACUUGACUGAAUAAUUUCAAGAGUCAAGACUCGAGACCAAACUAUUUGGAAAGUAAUCUCCAUUAUACUAUAUAAUAUAUAUUUCUA